GUAGUUAGAGUUCCAUAAAAAUCUUGUAUCAACAGUAAGGCUUAAUCUGUGCUGUAAUUGGUUACUAGAAGGAUAUUGAGUUCUGUUUUGCAAUGGCGGCGCCCUUAUAGAAGCGCAUUGUCAUAAAGAAAUUGUUUUCAAGGUUGUUAGCUUUAAAUUUGUAUUGUGGCAUUGAAGGAAUACCGCUGGUUGGUUAUAACCCUGGAGCGUAACAAGAAAGAACAUGGAAUAAACUGUACAAAAGUGAUUUUAGUUCAGUAUUUUGUGUAAAUAUUUAUGGAUUGUUCUAUUUGUUGGACGUUUUCUAUAUCAAGUGAAUAGCCUUGGUUCGGGAUAAUUAAGUUUGUACGACAUUAUGUUGUGCAUUUAUUAUCGGUUUCAUUCAGCUUGUUCCCGUGCUUUGGGAUCUUCUGGUUGGCCUUCUUUGACUCACUUAGUCCGACUCUCUCCAAAGAUCUUGCCUACUCGGGCAUAUACUCCCCCUGAAGAAAGAAAAAAAUUUUACGAGGGAGUCAGCAUUUCACAGUGUGAAGGUGGUGCUUUUGAAAUUAACCUUGAUCGUAGAAAAUUAAGGACUCCACAAGGAAGACUCUUUACUGUCCCAAAUGAAGCCAUGGCGAUUGCAGUAUCUACCGAAUGGGACUCGCAGCAAGACACUAUCAAGUUCUAUACAAUGCACCUGACAACUUUAUGUAAUACAGCUCUGGAUAACCCAACCAACAGAAAUAAAGAACAGUUGAUUCGUGCUGCUUUGAAGUUUUUGGAUACAGAUACCAUUUGUUACAGAGUGGAAGAACCUCCAAAGCUGGUAGAACUGCAAAGGAAUGAAUGGGACCCAGUCAUUGACUGGGCUGAAAAAAGGUACCAAGUGGAGAUUGGAAGCUCAUCCAGCCUAAUGGGACCCAAGAUUCCCGUAGAAACAAAAAAUACAUUUCAUCAGCACCUGGAUUCUUACAGUUUGUGGGCUUUAAUAGGACUGGAAUUUGUAAUAACACAGUUGAAAUCCCUUAUUUUGGCUCUUGGCUUGAUUGACAGACACCUAACAGUAGAGAAGGCAGUGCUUCUUUCACGCUUGGAAGAGGAGUAUCAGAUCCAGCGAUGGGGCAGUGUGGAGUGGGCUCAUGACUAUGAGCAGCAGGAGCUUCGCGCUCGGACAGCAGCUGGGGCACUCUUUGUACACUCUUGCUGUGAGAGCCACACUGUGAGACACAAAGUACUGCAAGACUGAGUUCUGUGGUGUCUUUAACCAGGAAGUCCAUUCCAGAAUUAUUUGCUAGAGUAUAAGCAGGCUCUAGACUUUAUAAAAGAUGCCAGUUCCAGAAUUUUAGUUUGUAUUCUGUUUGUAUGUCUCCAGGGAAGGGUGAGCAGUCCCUUUUUGAAUAUGCCUUGUGUGUAAAAGUAUUAACAGACUGCUGCUGGGUUUAAGAAAAUGAAUACGCAAAAACAAACCAGCUACAGCCAAAAUGAAGGUGUUUGUUCCAGUACAUUUUUGGCACAGUCACAUUUCUUGUUUAUAAAGAUUACUUUUAAUGUAGUUGAUUUUUUUUCUGUAUUUUAUGGAAGAAGGGGAUUACUGAAAGGACUUCAGUCCUUUUAAAGAAAUAAACUGUGAAAGGUUGUAGAGUAUUUAAAAAGAUAAUUGUCAAUUGUAUGUUUAUUUUUAAUAAAAAAAAACUGUGGCA